AUGUCGGACGAAGAUGCAAUCUCGGCCGUUGCCCUCGUGGUAGCGCUGGUUGCCCUGGUCACAUCGGUAGCCCAGCUUCUGCAAGCCAUUUUCGGCACUGCAGAGGGCUUCCGAAGGACCAACCGUCAGAUCAUGAGCCCAUUUUCCCAGACCAGAGAUCAUGUCUUCCACAUCACGGAACUUCGAUACGAGACGAAAUUCAGAACACCACAUUUCAAAUUCAAAAAAGCUACUAGCACUCAGUCCGAGAACAACUCCAGCACCAGCAAGGAGGCACGGACUUCUCAAGACGGAACUUCGCCCAGGCGUACCCGCUUUGGGAACAACAGUCGCAAGGAGGCCAAGAAGAAGCAAUUUCUGUAUAUCGAAGCUUAUCCAAAUGAAGAAAAAGCCCUCCAGGAUUUCAUCACGUCUCCAGCUGUCGGAAGGGUUAGCAAGCUGCAGCGCGUCCUCCAUUGGGUCGACAGCCGUUUCAACAAACCUCGCGAUCACCAUUUGAUCGAGGAACAUAGCAAAGCCCAUGCGGCUGGCUGGCUGUUACUGUUGGACCAGCUUUUUGAACGAGAAAGGCGCGUGCAUCACACGACUAAGGGAAGCAAAUACAGGCACAAAAGACUGAUUUCUACACCAAACGUAGCUCAAGCAGUCCCCAUCAAAUCCGGGCUCGACCCAGAGCAGUGGUAUCGGCCGGCGAUAGAGGGGGAUGAAUCAAAUGUACCCCGGACCCACCGAAAGGGAAAAGACAAAUUUGCGGAUGAGAGAGUCUCAGAACCCACCGACGCGUCAAGCAGCAUGAACGGAACAUUCGGCCUCAACGCCAAAGGCACCACGUGCGAAGAGAUCCUGAGGCAGUUUCGUACUGCCCUCGCCGAGGCCGACCAGUGUCUGCAAGACUACUUUGAAGGCGUCGAGACUGGAGCCUACGAGGCACUGGUGGCGGCUCAUGUUAAAAUGGCCCUGAUUCAUAAUGCCGAGGUCAAACAAGAAGAUCGAAAGUUAGAGCGCGACCGGUGCACAUUCAGAGAUGGAACCGGCGUCCCAGGAGUAUGGCCCAGAAAGACGGAGACGGUCCAUCGCUACGUCGACAGCGCAACGACUGCAGAGGGCGAAAAGCCGGACGUGAGCAUCGUUGGGCUUUUCAGAAAGCAGUAUAACACGAAGUUCGGAGUGGUUUCGAACCUGUCCCCUGAAGACAUACAACAAGCUUGGUUCACAAUGAUGUUGAGAGCUUUCCUCUGGGGGAUUCCCGAAGGGGAAGGCGGUCUGCCACGAGACAAUGGCGCCAAGGUGCCUCACCCGGCAGCCGACACGGUCGGGCCUGGAUUUUGCAACCUCAAUCUCACCCAGCAGUUGAAUCUCUCACAUCUCAACCCUAAGGCACCAUGGUCAACAGGUAGCAUACGCCUUGCCUCAACCGCUCACACAAUACGUGCGCCAGCACGGCUCAUACGACAGAUGAUGCAUCUCGCCAUACGCGCCACGUCAAGGCUACCCCGCCCUGGGGUCGGCCAGGCUUUCACGGCAACACCAACAUCCGCUGUGCGCCAUUCAUCCAACGUCUCGGCGGACGAAUUUGUCAAACAGUCCGUUGGCACUCAACAGAAACCUCACAGAAGGGACGAUGGAACCAAGAACCCUUCCUCGAUUGAGAUUAGGAAGGUGACAAGGACGUUUAGGAAGCUGAAAACAAGGGAGCCUGAAGUUGCUGACUGGACACCGUCGAUGGAGAAGCGAGCACCACCUGUGUCGCUAGGUCUCCCCAUCGAGGUCAGGAGAGUCGAAGCAGCUCCCCGUACCAUCCACAAGCACAUUGUCCGCAACACUGAAUGGAAAACACCAGCCAAGGCGUGGUCAGAGAAGCCAUCAACCGUCUUUUCCUCCAGGUGUGCCCUGAAUCUUCGGGGGCUUCCGCGUGCAACGACCACCAGAGAUAUCAUCCUGUCCAUUGGCGACGCUGUCCGCGAACACGAGGUCGAUUUCAGGUCAACUAGUGUAGCAGACAUCGUGAUCAGACCCAGAUCGGACAGCUCAGAGGGGGUUGACGCCGUCGUCAAUUUCAUGCACCCCAAUGGCGCGCGGAUCUUCCACAGACUGGCCGUCCAAGAGAAGUUCAAAGUACAGGGUUUGGUGCCAGAAGCUUCCUUGACCGACUUCGAGGACGCAUCCGAGAUACCGCAGCCGUCCGAUGACGCGGAAACAGCACAGCUCUCGAGGGAAGACCGCCGGGAAUAUUUCGAAUCGAAGGAGCUUCGCAAGAUUACACGAAAGACAAAUCUGAUCUACAAUUAG